GCUGAGCGGUACUCUUUGUAUGACUGCUUCCAUCAAAAAAAUCAAACCCAGCCGGAGGAAGUACUCCGCAGCCUCAACCUUGUCCCUGAUUUGUGCAGUUUUGUCAAUUCCUCAGAGGCAGAACAAAAAAACAGAGAGCUGUCCUUUGACCAAUAAUUCCUCUGUCAAAUGAAGGAGACACAUUUCUUGUUUUGUACAAGGUUGGUCUUCCGUUUGCACAACGACAAAAUAAAUCAGACAUUCAUCAAAAAAAUGGAGACACAAACCGAGGAAAAUCUUCAAAUUGGGCCAGAUGGACGAUUGAGGCUUACAAGUACAGAGGUGUCUGGCCCAGGAGGAUAUGUGGAUGUAGAAAUGACAGUACAAUACAAUCAGCAAAUCAUGGUCAAAAAGGGCUUCUCAAUAGGGCAGUUCCCAAUCCAGGAAGAGCACAAGGCAAAAAUGCUUGAGCUGUACAAGGCACCAGCAACGGACUAUGCCAUUGUUCAGGUGGACCGGGCAUUAGUUUGUCUGGCUUACAUUUUAUGUAUUUGCCCACGACCUCACCUAGAAGAUGACCUCCACACCUCACAUCCAUGGCUUACAGAUUAUGCAGUGAAUGCGAGAGUUCUCCAGCUGGCAAGACCUCUGGAGAAUGUGUUUACUUUGCAAACAUUUAAUUUCACGGCUUGGUGGAGGAACUGGAUCAAUGGGGAAUCAAUCGGCUCCCUCCAUUUGCAUUGCAUCCAGGGCUUAAAGCAAGACUCGAAGGUUCUGUGUACACGGGUUGUUGGCCAUCAAACUCCAGAGACUGGUAAUCAUUUAAUUCUGUGGGUAUUUGAUGGCUCAAAAACAGAAAUCAGAGUCUACGAUUCCCUUGAAAAGUACACCUUGAUUUCUCCACCUGAUAUGGACAUUCUAAGCCUUGCAUUUCAGAACAUAUGGAGGCUGAAGGAAUGGUCCAUUUCAUAUCCAGACCAGUGGAGACAUAAAGAUGGCGUCAACUGUGGUGUCUUCGUCUGCACGGCAGCUGAGCUUGAUAUCAAAGGGACAGACAUGACGAAUGAACCCUUGAACCAAGUCCAGUUGGGGCAGCCUGCUUGAUUCUGUUCCUAAGGGGAAGAAAGUGCAUGAGUCUUGCAUGGCAGAGGCAAUUCAUGUCUGCAAUUACUACAACAGCACUGGGAAGGGGCAGUCAAG